CCAUUGUCACUCAAGUUGCUCACUGUGUGUGGUUGUUUUUUGCAGGGUAAAGGUUACGAAGGUUUAAAACUUUCACCGUAUUUAUAUACUGCCUGUACGUUGUAUGAACACGUCAAAUUUCAUGCUUGUCAAAAUAUGACACAUGUCAAUGAAGUAAUUACAUACGCUUUAAUAAAAUCUGCAGUAUAACAAUUGUAAAAAACUUAAAGGUUAUGUAGCGACAGGAGUACAAUGUUGUUGAUUAUUCAGUUCUGAGUAGGUUUCACAUUGUGAGAUAUGGGAGUACAUGGCUUAUGGCGUUUGUUAGAUUCCACCGGGAAACCAGUCCCUUUGGAAACUCUUGAAGGAAAAGUUCUAGCAAUCGAUGUCUCGAUAUGGAUACACCAGGUAAUACAAGGAUAUCAAGAUCGCCGUGGCAACCCUGUGCCAAAUGCACAUCUUCUAGGAUUAUUUCAUAGAAUUUGUAAACUUUUGUAUUACAAAAUUAAGCCAAUUUUUGUGUUUGAUGGAGGUGUACCUAUGCUUAAGAAGAACACAAUUGCUGCACGCAGGAAGCAAAAAUCAGUUGCUAUGAGCAAAGCACAAAGAAUGAAAAAUGAUUUGAUAAACAAUUUGAUAAAGCAUUCUGCUGUGAGUUGUGUGCUGAGUGCAGAUGAUAAUAAUAAAAAUGUAAAUUCAAAUCAAGACUUAUUGAACUUAAAAAGUGGGAGUUCCGCCGUAGACGAUAUGUUUAAAUUGCCUGUGAUUCCUAGCACUAGCAAAGAAAUAUUAGAAGUUGAUAAUACAUAUGAGUCAGAUUCAUCCCCUGAAACUAGUCCUCGAAAACAAACCAGAUGGACCGGUAACAUUCAUUCAGUCGAUGUCAGUAGCACAGAUUUUAAAGCUUUACCAGCAGAUGUUCGCUAUGACAUUCUAACUGAUCUGAAAGAAACAAGAAAACAAAAUUCUUGGGGCCGUCUUCAUGAAAUGCCAGAUGAAACCUAUGAGUUUUCCAGUUUUCAAAUGAAACGUUUAUUGAAACGUAGGUUAGUACAAGAAUCGUUAGAAGAAGCGGAAAAGGAAAUGGGUGGAAGAACUCUGACUCUAGAGGAACUGGAGACACUCUUAAAAGAACAAGGCGUUAGCAUGACUGGUCGUGAUGCUGCGUAUCGGAUUGCAUCAGAUAGUACAACGAGAGUGCUUUACAUUGACAAUACAAAACCAGAGAAAACAAAUUCCAGUAAUAAAACAACUACAAUUGUCAAAGAUAGAGAAACAUCAACAACCAGUGAAGAUGUAACAUUAAUUGACGAUUUGAAUGAAUACGAAUUCGAAAGUGACUGGGAUUCUGAUGUUGAAUUAAUUGAUCUUGAACCAGUAUCUAAAAAGUAUUUUGGAAAAACUGCUGUGAAUCCGGCAGUAACGUAUAUGCUCGAAUAUGCUGGGCUUACUCAGGACCAAAUUUUUACUUUAUUGGAACGAAAUAAUAAAAAUACUGAAAAAACAAGUGUCAAAAAUUUGGAAGCAUCCACAAGUAAUUUUCAAUUAAAUGAAACUGAUGUAAAAAUUGAAGAAGAUGAGGUCGAAUUAACUACAGAAUCUUAUAAAAAUAGUGAAUCUUCGCAGAAAAGUGAAACGGCGUUAAAAAGUUCAUCUACAGAUAUAAUUUUAAACAUUUCUGAUGUAAAUAACGAUUUUCAAAAAUCUAAUUCUUCAACGUCACCUUCAGAAUUAAAUGAGUUUGUUAAAGGUAGGACUGAACUUGAUACGCCUCAAACUCAAACACCAAAAUCUACAAUAGUGCAGUUUGCUCAACCAGUUGAAACCCACAAAACGUCAGAAUAUUUUGAUUUAGUAAAUUCAAGUUCAGACUCGGAUGACUUAGUGGAAGUAGAGAAACUUGAAAGGAAUCAGAAUAAGAUUAUCAAACCUGUAUCGCAUAAGGGUCAUUCUACAACCAUAACUGCUUCUCAAGAAACUGGUAAUCAUGAUAAAUUACUUAAUACAACUACAAGUGACACUGAUACCGAUGAUUUUAUAGAAAUACAAGACCUGCCAAUACCCGAUUCAAUUUUUGCACAGAAACAACCGGAAAAGAAUAGCUUGCAAAUAACAGUAAAUUGUGAUCAAAAGCCUGAAAAUGACCUUUUUGAUGAUAUAUUUUCUGAUAAUGUAAACCCUUUAUCAGAACCUUUUGAGCAAAAUAAGACAGAACAAAUCAAACAAAAGGACACAGUUAAUGUGACUUGUAUACCCAGUUCCGAUGAAAGUAUUAAGUUAUUAGAAAAUGCUUCUCAGGAACAGGUAGUGAAACCUCCAGAUGUAUCUAAAGAAGAUCAAUUGAAACAGGCAACUAAAAAAAGUGAGGAUAAGUCAAUGGAACCUGUGUCAUCGCAGAAUAUGGAAACCGAAGUAAAUGAAAGAACGAAUGCACAAACUGUUAUUCCUCAAACAGAUUCCUUCAAAGACGAUUCUUCCUUGCAAAUUACACGUACAAUUUUACCUCAAAACACGGAAGAAUUGUUGAAGAUGAAGACACAAUUAGAAAAUGAGCAUGCAGAACUAGCCGGAGAUCUUGGACGCUUAGAACGACAGGCAACAGAUAUUACAGAUCAAAUGCGAAUAGAUGCGCAGGAACUUUUACGCUUGUUUGGAAUACCUUAUAUAGUCGCUCCUAUGGAAGCUGAAGCACAAUGCGCUUAUCUAGAAACUAUUAAGCUCACCGAUGGCACUAUCACAGAUGACUCAGAUAUUUGGUUGUUUGGAGGUCAAUGCGUCUAUAAGAAUUUCUUUAACAAUAAUAAACGAGUUUUACGAUUUUGCUCUUCGGAUAUUCAACAUCACUUCAGUCUCACCCGACGUCAAAUGAUUCAACUAGCUUUAUUAGUAGGAAGUGAUUAUACCAUGGGCUUAUCUGGAAUUGGUCCUGUCACUGCUCUUGAAGUACUAGCAGCAUUUCCAUCCGAUGGAGAAAAUGUACUACGGGGUUUAUUUAAUUUUUGUUCAUGGAUAAAAACUGGGAAAACGGUUGGUCCAGGGAAGACAGGUCUUCGUAACAAACUGCGGAAUGUUAAAAUAGACAAAGGAUUUCCAAGUGAAGCAGUUGUGCAAGCAUAUUUAAAUCCUACUGUCGAUGAAUCGAAAGAAGGCUUUUCUUGGAGUAAGCCUAGUUUAGUUUUGUUAGCAGAUUACACAAGGCAGAAAUUUGGAUGGACCAGAUUAAAGUUUGAGGACAUAGUAGGCCCAGUUAUGAAACGCCUAGAAGAAUCCAAAAGUCAAAAGAACUUGGAAGCCUACUUCAAAAUCCAAACGAUACCAAAAUCGAUAGGACCCAAUUUGAGCAAAAGGGUUCAAAAAGUAGUACAGCAAUUAGCGUUUGAUAAUGAAGAAAAAGUAGUACAGCAAUUAGCGUCUGAUAACGAAGAAAAAGAAGAGGCACAAGAUCAAGAUGAGAAAAGCAAAAAGACUAAGAGUAAAUCCAAAGGACGAACAGUGAAAUGGGCUAUUAAUCAAGCUAAAGAAGAAUGUAUUUCAGAAAAAUUAAAUACGAACUCGGAUGCCACGACAUCUAAUGUUGACAAUGUUAGCUGCCAAGAAUACAUUCCACAAAGAGAGAAAGAUAAAGCAAAUGCUUUGAAAAAUAAACUUCGAGCAAUCGAAGUAUUUCGAAAAUCAAGGAAAGGAUUAGCAAAGGCAAAAAGAGUGAAACGAUCUGCUCGUAAAAUAGUGGAAGAGGCUGCCCUUUCAGAAAGUAGCAGUAGCUCAUAAAUGAUAAAAAACGUGGAUUUGUUUUGCAUUUUGAACCAAUUUUUGCACCCUUAACCUUAUAUCUGCUAUCAGUACUUAUUUAUUAUUUCCUCUGUACACUUGUAAUAUAAAUGUAUUCUACAUAAUGCCGUGAGUAUAGUUUUGUAUAGAUUCUUGCGAUUAAGAUUUAUUAAAUGUUGUAUACAUUAUCAAUAAAAUCGUAUUUGCAAUUUUUAA